CUCUCGCGGGAGAGUUUAACGCCUGUGUACAGCAUUAUGCAAAUUCGGCGUACGCGUCGUCAGACAUUAUAGCUCCAUCAUCGACAUUACUUUUUACUUCACCUGUAAUGGUGCCUGACGGAUUACCUCAUGCUCUAGCGUCUAUCGUUGCUAAACUGCCACCAUACCAUUUUUACCUCCUCCGUGCCCUUUCUUCACAUUUGGCUCGUGUCAAUAAUAAUAGUGAAAUCAAUAAGAUGAAUAUCUCUAACCUUGGGCUAAUCUUUUGCCCAUCGUUAAACAUAGGGUCAAUAUUAUUGAAAGCUUUCGUCGAACAUUUAGAUAUUGUGUUUGGGAGUCAGUGUCAGUUGGAAGAGCAGGAGUUACUGGAGGAGGAACAAGAAACUCUGGUCAAGGAAAAGCAAGCAACAGACAUAUAUCAAACAACAAAUACUUCAGAAGAAUUCUCGAGAAGCAUAAAGGACUUAUUAACAUUCGAAGAGAAAGCAGUGCAAUCAUCUGAUCAUUCUUUACCUUCUUCCUUCUCGUCGUCAUAUUCUUCUACUAAUGUGAAAGAAGAUGAAAUAUAUAGUAAUACGGCCCAGACGACUACAAACACCAAAAACGCUGUGAAAUAUGGUACGUUCUCUACGGUCAGAACUCGAGAGUCUUUACGAGCUAUUUCAUCAUCGCCGUCUUUGUAUUCGAUGCAAGUGAAAGAAGUAAGUCCCCAGCCGAUUAAUGGAACGAAUGCUAGUAAUUCUUUUGGUGGAAAUAAAGUACUCUUUUCCCUCUCUGACGUUACAAAUGAUAAUCAAAAUCAUAAUGUGAACACCGCUGCUCUCGUGCCGGAGCCUUCAGACCACAAUAAUUCUUCCGUUAAUAGUUUCUAUCGAAGACGCACGAGGUCUGCAGGCGCUCGUAAUGUUCCUUUGAAUUUGUGGGAUUAUUCGUCCUCCUCCGCAACGUCCUCAGAUGAUGAAGGAAGCACUGAUGAUAAAACGGAGGAAGUUGAAGACGCUUCGCCCAAAUUAAUGGCAUUCAAUUACUUUGAUCAAUCAGGGGUUGAAACUCUUGGUGUGCUUAACUUAUCGCCUAGAGCCUCGCAUCAAUGGGCAUUGCAUAACAAUGGAGUAGAUGGCAAAAAGUCAACAACAACGUCCGCCUGGCUAAAUCGACGUCCAAGCUUAGAAGAGAGAGAGCAUUGGAAAAGAACUAUUCUGACGGCUUCGUCCGAAGAGAUUUCCAAUAAGAAUUUGGAUGAUAACAGUGAUGAUAUGGGGUCAAAAAUUAAGGAACAUGGUUCACUUGAACCAAAGGAUACUAUAGGAGUAGCUCACGGCUUGAAUGGGGUUGAAUGUGAUGGAGG